CUUUCUGGAGUAGAAAACACUUGAGGAGUGCAGUGUGCAGCCAAUCGACAUUACAUUAAAGGCUGGAAGUAGGAGGCUGGACUUAGGAGUCAAAACAUGGCGAAAUAACAAGUUUCGCAGGUAGAAGCUACGCCGUGUGCCUGGCACCGUUGGACUGCAGUUUCGACAGAGCUGGACGCUGGAGGAGACGACAGUUUAGCAUUAAGUUUAGCGGACGGACGGCUGCGGUCUUUUGAGUGUUACGGACUUAGAGCCUGGCGUGUUUUCCCCCGGAAGGUUGGCAGUGCUAGGCGCGACUGUCAACACAGAAAAAAUAUGGACUGAGAGGGAAAGUUUAUCCUGGGAAAAAGCUUGCUAGCUCGGCUACGUUAGCUGCGGGUUGAUUAAAGGCACACACCUGAACCAGUACUCUGAUUACUUUGCGGUCGGCUUGAAAAAGUGGGGAUUUAUUAUUAUUAUUAUUUAUUUUUUUUUGGCCGUCGUGUAAAGUUUGACUCGGAAGAAGCAGUGGGAGCUGCGUUUUUUUUUUUAAGGUCUUUUAAAUCAAAUUGCUCGGCUUGGAUUUAACUGCAGUAUUCCGUUCAUGUAAGGCAGCCAGUGUCAGUUUGACGUUCGGUUCUGGUGCGGACGGACCCGGACGCCAUCACAUCACAGGCGUUGCGUUCUUCUUAAAAACAACCACUGCGUUGAACAAGCCCGCAUAUUUUUUUUUUAAUAUAUUAAUUGUCAGCACAAUUAAAUAGUGCUCCUCUGUCAAAAUCGGGUAGGAGUUUUUUUUUUUUUAAAUUAUUAUUAUUUUCUGUGCUUGCAUAAUUUUAUCCGCUAUAUUAUUACUAGGGAUGUUUUACAGCAGCAGAGACGCGGCGUCUUCUUGUCAAAAUGAACGCAGCAAGGUGUUCAACAACACUGGAGGUGCGCUGCGUUUAAAACCAGCCAGUUAUUAGCUCGGUUCUAAUGGCCGGCUGAAUUAGAACGGUGCCAUUUUGUUAAAAAAAAAUCUUAUUUUACGUUCGUUGUGUUUCAGUCAGAAUUUCUAGCUGACAUUUUUUCUACAUCAGCUGCGGAAAACAUUACAGCUCUCGGCCAGAGUUGACGUGAGCUAGCCUGCUGGGUGCGCCUGAUGCAGCCCCUGGGAUGGACUUGCUAUAUUAAACGGCUCCGCAUUGAUAUAGAAAAUCAGUUUUCCUGUGUGAUAUCGAUAGAGUAGGCUCGUGGGCAGCCAUUCAUUUUUUUCCUGUCAAAGUUCUUCUUGUGUAAUAAGUGGCUAACUUGUUAGCUAACGUCAUAAGUUUGGCCAGCUAUGUCUGAAAACGCCCCCACACGAAGCCUGGAUGACAUAGACCUCGCAGCUCUCAGGGAUCCAGCAGGAAUCUUUGAGCUGGUCGAGGUUGUCGGCAAUGGGACGUAUGGGCAAGUGUACAAGGGCCGUCACGUGAAGACAGGCCAACUGGCUGCCAUCAAAGUGAUGGAUGUUACGGAGGAGGAAGAGGAAGAGAUCAAAGCAGAGAUCAACAUGCUGAAGAAAUACAGCCACCACCGCAACAUAGCCACGUACUAUGGUGCCUUUGUGAAGAAGAGCCCACCAGGACACGAUGAUCAACUUUGGCUGGUGAUGGAGUUCUGUGGAGCCGGAUCAGUGACUGACUUAGUGAAGAACACUAAAGGCAGCUCUCUGAAGGAGGACUGGAUCGCUUACAUCUGCAGAGAGAUCUUAAGGGGCCUUUCUCACCUCCAUGCCCAUAAAGUUAUCCACAGAGACAUCAAAGGCCAGAACGUGCUGCUAACGGAGAAUGCGGAGGUCAAGCUAGUUGAUUUUGGGGUGAGUGCUCAGCUGGACAGGACUGUGGGGCGGAGGAACACCUUCAUUGGUACUCCUUACUGGAUGGCGCCUGAGGUCAUUGCCUGUGACGAGAAUCCGGACUCCACUUACGACUUUAGGAGUGAUAUUUGGUCUUUGGGGAUAACAGCCAUCGAGAUGGCAGAGGGAGCUCCUCCUUUGUGUGACAUGCACCCAAUGAGGGCCCUCUUUCUGAUUCCAAGGAACCCCCCUCCAAAGCUUAAGUCCAAGAAAUGGUCAAAGAAGUUUAUCGACUUUAUAGAAGGCUGUCUCGUCAAGACGUAUCACAGCCGGCCCAGCACAGAGCAACUGCUCAAGCAUUCGUUCAUCAGAGACCAGCCCACAGAACGUCAGGUCCGAAUUCAGCUCAAAGACCACAUUGACCGCACACGCAAAAAGAGGGGAGAGAAAGAAGAGACAGAGUAUGAGUACAGUGGUAGUGACGAGGACGAUGAAAAUCGUGGAGACGAUAGAGAAUCAAGUUCCAUCCUCAACGUGCCUGGUGAGUCAACUCUGAGGCGGGACUUCCAGCGGCUGCAGCAGGAGAACAAGGAGCGCACGGAGGCCCUCAAGAGGCAGCAAGCCCAACUGGCCGCCCAGCGCCGAGAUCCCGAGGAGCACAAGAGGCAGCUGCUGCACGACCGACAGAAACGCAUCGAAGAGCAGAAGGAACAACGGCGCCGACUCGAAGAGCAACAGAGAAAAGAGCGAGAGAUGGUGAGGCAGCAAGAAAAAGGCCCCCAUCGGAGACUCGACGAUAUGAGACGGGAGGAAGAUAGGAGGAUGGCAGAGAGGGAGCAGGAGUUUAUCAGGCACAAGUUAGAAGAAGAGCAGCGGCAGCUAGAAAUCCUUCAGCAGCAGUUGCUUCAGGAGCAGGCGCUGCUUAUGGAGUAUAAGCGAAAGCAGCUGGAGGAGCAGCGGCAGUCGGAGCGGCUGCAGAGGCAGCUGCAGCAGGAGCAUGCCUACCUGGUGUCUCUGCAGCAGCAGCAGGAAAAGAAACCCCAGCUUUAUCACUAUAACAAAAACCUAGAGCCCAACAACAAACCCACCUGGGCCCGAGAGGUGGAGGAGCGAAGUAAACUAAACAGACAAGGGUCACCGAAAAUCUGCACCACCGUGUCUGACACUGCCAUCCAGUCGCGCUCAGACUCCAUCAGUCAGUCGGGAAUGGUCCAAUCUGCACAAACGCCUCCAAUGCAGAGGCCAGUUGAACCCCAAGGUGGUCAAGGAAAGUUCCAGAUGGCUCACUUGGUUCCACUGAAGCCUUACGCGGCCCCUGUCCCUCGCUCUCAGUCCCUCUGUGACCAGCCAACUAAGAACAUGUCCGCCUUCCCCACCCAGGACCCCUCCCUCGCCCCCACACCCCGGCCCAUCCACUCCAGAGAGCUUGUACGUCAGAACUCGGAUCCCACUUCUGAAACCCCGGGACCUCAGUUGCAUCAGAUCAGGGAGGAUCGCGGCCCCUGGAUCCGGCUGCCAGAUGUAGAGCUCCCACCCAAGAUUCCUCAGAGAACUGCAUCCAUUGCCACGGCUCUUAACACCAACCUUACCUCUGGCAUUAGGCAUCCUGUAAGAGCCAGCAAUCCAGAUCUCAGCCGCAAUGAUCGCUGGGAGAGAGGAGAUGGUAUGAGCAUCAUAUCUGGUCUGCCCCAAACUGGCUCUCUAGAGAGGCAUCGCAUCCUCAGUACCUCCAAAAUGGAUUCACCAAUUCUCUCCCAUGAAAGUCGCCAUAAGCCGGGGGAAUCCCGUACAUCCUCUCGUCCUGGGCGACCUGCUAGCUACAAGAGGGCUAUAGGGGAGGACCAUGGGCUCUACGCUAAGGAGCGUACUGAGGAGCCACCGCGUCCCCCUGUCAAGGCCAAUGAUUACUCCUCAUCUUCAGAAAGCAGUGAGAGUAGUGAAGAAAGUGAAAGCGGCGAGGGACCAGAGGAGGAGGAGAGCCCGACUGAUCGCCACAGAGAUGCAGACAGUGAUUCAGUCAACACCAUGGUGGUUCAUGAAGAUGAGGGUGAGGUGGGAGAGGGAGAGCAAGCUGGAGGAUAUGGGGAUCAGACCAUGCUGGUUCAGAGAACCCCAGAGAAGAGGAGCCAUAACGGAUACACUAACUUGCCAGAUGUGGUGCAGCCCUCCCACUCUCCCACCGAUUCAGCCUCUCACUCCUCCCCAGGGAAGGACUCUGUUUACGAUUAUCAAUCCAGGGGUUUGGUGAAGGCAUCUGGCAAGUCUUCCUUCACCACCUUUGUGGAUCUUGGCAUGUAUCAGUCACCAGGUGGUACCGGGGACAACAUGUCCAUCAGCGGCUCCAGAUUUGAACAGCUGAAGAUGGAAGUGAGGAAGGGAUCCAUGGUGAAUGUCAACCCUACCAACACGCGCCCUCCUAAUGACACACCUGAGAUUCGCAAGUACAAGAAAAGGUUCAACUCUGAGAUCCUAUGUGCUGCACUUUGGGGUGUGAACCUGUUGGUGGGCACAGAGAACGGCUUAAAGCUGCUGGACCGCAGUGGUCAAGGAAAAGUUUACCCACUCAUCAACUCCCGUAGGUUCCAACAAAUGGAUGUUCUGGAGGGCCUCAACUUGCUCAUCACAAUAUCAGGCAAGAAAAACAAGGUGCGUGUGUAUUACCUGGCAUGGCUGAGGAAUAAGAUCCUUCACAACGACCCGGAGGUGGAAAAGAAGCAAGGCUGGACCACUGUGGGAGAAAUGGAGGGCUGUGUACACUACAAAGUGGUGAAAUACGAGAGGAUAAAGUUUCUGGUGAUUGCUUUGAAGAAUGCGGUGGAGGUUUAUGCAUGGGCGCCCAAACCUUAUCACAAAUUCAUGGCCUUCAAGUCUUUUGCAGACUUGCCACACAGGCCUGUACUGGUUGACUUGACUGUAGAAGAGGGCCAGAGGUUGAAGGUCAUCUACGGUUCUUGUGCUGGGUUCCACGCCAUCGAUGUAGACUCUGGAAAUAACUAUGACAUUUACAUCCCUGUCCAUGUGAGUUGUAAAGCUUUCAGUCUGCAGUAUUUUGGUAGACGUGAAAUCUUUGGGGAAGCAUUGACCUUGCUCCUUCAUUGCAAGCAGAUCCAAAGCCAAGUGACUCCACACGCAAUUGUGUUCCUGCCCAACUCUGACGGCAUGGAGAUGCUGCUUUGCUACGAGGACGAAGGUGUUUACGUCAACACCUACGGACGGAUCAUUAAAGAUGUCGUCCUGCAGUGGGGCGAGAUGCCCACAUCCGUUGCUCAUAUCUGCUCCAACCAGAUUAUGGGAUGGGGUGAAAAGGCCAUUGAGAUCCGCUCUGUGGAGACCGGUCACUUGGAUGGGGUCUUCAUGCACAAGAGAGCUCAGAGACUGAAGUUCCUUUGUGAAAGAAAUGAUAAGGUGUUUUUUGCUUCCGUGCGUUCAGGAGGCAGCAGCCAGGUGUACUUCAUGACCCUGAACAGAAACUGCAUCAUGAACUGGUGAAGCGGCAGCUGCUUUGGUCAGUGCGUAGAACCCAGCAGAGCCGACAUUCUUGCUAACGCAUGCACACAAUUUACAAACACUACUCUCUUUCACCCUGAAGCUCCUACAUACUUGCGUGCUCCCACCGCAAACGCAAAGACAUCCAGAAAUCACACAGAAAAACAGAAAACAAACAAACAAAAAAAAAACCCACCACAGAACCAAACUCUACAUUCAUUCCAGCCUAAACUGCUUAAGGUACAGCUCACCCCCUGCUGGCAGUCUGCCGGGAAUCAUCAUGGAAAAAUCGCAGAUGAGAUUCAAAUGUCAAUAUCCGCAAUUAAUUUAGACUCUGUAUAUAUAACCUAGCUUGAUUCUGCUCUCUUUGUGAAGCUGUCUUCUUUAGUUCCAUCUAUUUAGUUUCUACUUGUGACGUACGUUAACAUUCCUAUAUUUGACGAAGGCAUUAUUUUUCAAGUACUGUGUUCAAAAUCAAUAGUAUAUCGCCUGAGACUUGGACGAGAAUCCGUUUCAAACUUGAAAUGCUGAAGAGUCCAUGUGCUGUGGUGCACAGACCUUAUUUGUUCAGAAGUUUGCCAUUUUGAAAUAAAGUUGUUCCAUAUCAAGGUUAACCACAAACAUUUGAUGUAUUACAAAAAGAUGAGCAAAACCUAGGUGAAGUGGCUUGUUUAAAUACUUCAGUUAUUUGUAAACCCUGUUUGUUUGUUUUUUUGCUGUGACAGCAAUCAGGCCUUGAAUCGUUUAAAUGUACAUUAAAUUUCAGUUCAUUAUUAAUAAAUGAUAAAUCUAGUUCAAAGUCUUUUUUUAUAAGGUAAAUAGUCAGAACAGAACAACUUCCUGCUUUAGUUUCUUCUAUACAACUUCAUUCAACUUGUAUCCAUCUUUCAUAGGUUUACAAAGUACGCAAAUUUACUAUUUGUAUGUAGUGGUUCUGUAAUAGUUCUAGGCUACUGAUUUUCUUAAUUUCUACUGUACUUCUAAUGCCAUAUUAUUGCAAUAUAUUCUACUGUUGUGGAGUCAUUUUAAGAGGGGAGUUUGUAUGUGAGGCAGCAUGAUGAGAGCUUCAGGAGGAGGAUGGGUGUGGAGGGACAAUCGCUGAUCAACUCUGCUGUAUCAUAUUUUAGUCCUUAAAUUGUUUUUUUGGUUUUUUUUGCGUGACUAUGUGUGUGAGGAGUGUUUGCGCAGGAGAACAGCUCUUUGUGGUCUUCACCCAGCAGAACAAUUUAUCUUCAGGGAGACGCUGCAGUUCGGCAGAGUACUCCAGCUUUUUGGGCACUUUGAAGAGCAUGAGUGGAACAACUCAUGAAACAUAAUAUAUUUUAUAGAUUUACAUUCUGCCAAAGUUCGCAGUGCAUGUUGGGGUAACUGGGUGAGUCGAGGCCAAAGAAAGCAGAAACUAAAUGGAAGCUGUGAAUAGAGGCGAAAACAACUCACAGAUCACUGACCAAGGCUUUCCUCCUGUAAUGUAUAAAUAGUUGGUUUAUAUAUAUAUAUAUAUAUAUAUAAUAUACAGUGUUGAUCGAAGGUUUAGAUACACAGAUAACCUCAACUGACCUUUUUUUUUCAAUGUAUAUUCAAGGUUUCCCCCAGAAAACUUGCUAAGCCCGGUGGUUGGGUGCUAGUGCAAUCAUUCAUCCAGCGGCCCGUCGUGUUUUUGAGUUAAAAAAUGUUUAAAGUUGACUAAAAAUGUGAAAAUAUCACCUGAUAAUUUGUGUCAUUGGAAGAUUUUAAGAUUAAUAUCUGAACACCAACUAUAAAGUCUUAAAACAUGCAAACAUUUUAAAAAGACUUCAGUAAAUAAGCAAUGCUUAGCCUGGUGGGGGCACCACAAGUAAGGCCUGGUGGCCCGCCAGGCUUAUAGUACACUGGGGGAAACCCUGAUAACGAUAACAUGAAAUACAACAACGCAGCCACAUGCAUUUUUUCUGUAUACACCAACCAUCUUGUGACUGAAUAUUUGACUACUCUUCUUUUCAGAAUUGGUAGUUAAUUUAAACUGAUUGGAUUCCCAACAAAGAACUGAAUUUUAAUCAUUUAAACCUAAAUUUUAAUGUAAGUUGAGUCCAGGACAUCCCAGAAGGUCCAAUCAACGAUUGUUUAAUCGUCCAACUUUAUCUCCAUUUAGCUGGUUAAUCCAAGUGAUUGAGCUUUUAUGGUUCCUGCAGUCUCAAACUUCUAAACCACUUUAGUUUCAUCUGAGCGCUUGAGUCAGGUGGUUUCAAACUGAAGAGAGAUCCCGAAUGCACAUUAAAAUCAACCAGUUCAGCUUAAUUCUACUAUUUCUAAUGAGAAGAGUGUGUAAAAAUAUUCAACCAGAUUUCUGUCUGAUCAGAAACCAAACUAAUUGAGGAAAUGAUGAAGGAACCUUUGAUUAGUGAUCAGUGGGAAACUCUGCUAAAGCUUGCCCUUCAGGAUAAGAUGUACCGUCAUAAAGCUAUAAAGAUCGCAGGACAUGUUUGAGUCAAAGUUAAAAUUAUUAUUCUAUAGAUAGAUAGAUGGUUUAUUGUACAGGAAUAAAAUUUAAAUGGACAUGGAGAACACUUUUCCUUCAGUUUACAAACCCUUACAGAUGUAUGUCUAACACAUACUUCAGUGUGCAUUGAAACAGUUUGUAUAGUACUGUAUAAAACGUUUUUUUUAUUUCCCCUUGUUGAAUAUCUUUUAUGUGCCAUGGCCUACACUGCAGAUUUACAAUACACACAGAGCUUUGGCACUCGUUUUUCUUUUUUUAUUUUCAAUCAGUCUGCCAUCGUGUUUACAGAUUAAGUAGUGCCUUGGAGUAGAGAAAGUUAGAAGCCUAAGGAAUAAUUUUUUUUAGCCCCGUCUCUUACUUGAAACUCCAAAAAGACAUUUAGGACUAACACUCGGUGCCGGUUAAGUGCACUUAAAUAAAAUAAGAUAAAAUCUACAAUAUCCCCCAAGUGAGCGUGAGAUGCAUUUUCUUUGGCACCAAAAUCAACUCCAAAUGAUUCAUAGCGCGUCCAGUCAUAACUAACAAAUGGGUUAUUAUGCAUUCAUUGAGCUUAAUGUAAUGUGUAGUGGAUCAGCUUACAGAGGGAACCAGCACAGAGAAAAGCCAUGUGUAUGAAACCAGUUUGGAGAAAACCCUCAAGUGAAUAUGUGUGUGUGUGUUGUGUGUGUGUGUGAGAGAAGUGUCCUCAAAACGAUGUUGGUAAUUUAGGUUCAUGCUACACAGAUCAAAUAAUUGCUUAUCCUUCAGUGAUGUUGAUUGUGUAACCUUGUAGUCGGGAGAGUAGCUUGUUAUAUUCUCAGAAGCCUAUUUUAUAAAGUUUGUAAAUUAGUAUUAUUCAGAAAUAAAGGUGAAUGUACAUCUAUAAAACAGGUUUGUUUUUGUAUAAAAGUGUAACACACUAUUCUAAGCACAAUGUAUUUUAGGAUGGGUCAACUUAGCAUAACAGAGACGGAGUCCUAUACCCCACAUUCUCUGUCGUCGGGUUUGUCAGCAUGAAAUCAGAUAAAAUGGCUGUUUAAAAAUGAAACGGUUGUCGGCCGUUGCAUCGUCCAGACAGACGUCCAUCAGCUUUCACAGCGACGUCCAUGUUGGUUGAUGAGCCGCGCGGGGCUGACGGGCCGUUAAUAUUCUCAGGUGAUCGUCAUAAAGGAAGUGCAGAAUUUAUCAAUCAAUUUAUCAGAAUGGUGAUUUUAGCCUCUUAUCAAGGGAACAGCGACCAGAGAGUCUGAAGUACAUUUAAACAAUUUGUCAGAAUAUCAGAGGUUUAUGUUUGUUUUAUCAAAAUCAGUUUGUGAAACUGGAGAAAUAAAGGAUGUCGGCGAUGGUUAAAACUGAGGACUGUAGUGUGAAAACAUGGUAGGCACAACUAAAACUAAAUAGGAUCCAAAGCUAAGCCAGUUCGACACCGUAGUUCUUAACUUUAAGAAGCAAGUUUUCAUUGAAAGGACAACAAUUAUUCCAAAAUUAGAGACUGUGCGUUUAGUUAGGAUGUGUAAAAUUUAUGGGAGAUCUGAGGCAAAACGCAUCAUAUUUUAAAAUCAAACUUCUGAAUUUAAUUGACUCAUUUUUGAAAACACUCAAGAUUUGUUACUGAGGCUUAUAAAAGUAAGCCUCACUGUUAAAGAAGACAUUAAAAGCAUUAAGACUACACAUUAAAACAUUGCACCAAUCAGUUUUCUCCUGGCUAGUAUAGAUUAGCAUUUUUUGUGCCUAUUUUGAUCAAUUCUCCAUAUACAUUUCUUUAUUUAAAGGGAUAUAAAAUGCAGUGAAAGUUUUUUUGAUAGAAGUCGUGGUUCUGAAUCACUAAAUGAAGGAAUUCAAAGCAUUUGUCAUUACACAUUGCGUUUUUUUACUCAGUAGAUCAAAGUACAUGCUGGUAAUUUAAUUUUAGCUUUCAUGCAUUUAAGAAAUGCUUAAAUGUCUUUUCGGAUUUGUUCUUCUGAUUACCCAGCAGAGACUAUCAAGGAAAACUAACCAGUUCCAACCUUUGGCAUGUUGGUUCGUGUAUCUCUAAUUACAAUAAAGCACCCUUUUAAAAAUACUAAUCCCUGAACGGUUUUAAAAUGAAAAAGCACCUUAACAUGUGAAAGUUCUGUUCAAGUUUGCACUAAGCACCAAUUGAAACCUAAACAGAUACACUUUGAAGAAGGUCGGCGUUACUUUAGGUUUUAUCAGUAAGAUCAGCUGAAGGCAUCGUCUGAAACUGAUAGAAGAACCGUGGCGAGACGGCGACGCUUCUGUUAAAUAAGCAAUAUCUGAACCAAUCAAAACCCUGGCUGUCCACCUCAGUGUGGCUCGCAGGUGGUGAUUCUUCAGUGGCCUUUGGCAGAAUAAAUGUAGGCUGGCUUGUUUGUUACAAAACCAUUUUCUUCUUACGUCUACAAAUGCUCGAAACGACAGCUCCUCUCUGUCAGCUUAAUACAAUCACCUGGGAAACUAAAGACAAUGAAAUGUCAGAAACUGCCUUAAUGGCAACGAUAAAUAGAAAACCUAGUAAUAAUCUAUUACGGCACUUCUGUUGUUUUUGGUGUGGCGUGUGUGAAUGGUAUUGGCAAAUCAUAAUCACCAGGACGUUUAGACAGAGCUAUAAUAUCCAUUUUUCUUUUCCAAUAACUUGAUUUUUUUACAUUUUUGCAACGUUUUAAUGUGCCCACAUCUGUGUUACUUGUGAGAGGUUAACUUCAGAUUGUAUUUCAUAAACCUAUAAACUUUAAACUUUCAAAAGAUUGUGCUGAAUGAAUUUAUGUCUUAAUACAGGUUGUUUGAAAAAUAAAAUCUUGAUCUCA